AUGUUCGGAUUAGGGAAGCUUCUUUACGUGAUCAUAUUGACCAUCAAUGGCAUUGCUGUGCUCAGCGAGGAUCGGUUCUUGAACCGGAUUGGCUGGGGAAGCACCAAGACGUCUGGCCAACAGUUCCAGUACGGAGGAGAAGGCGACAGUUCAGUCAAGACAAAGUUGAUCAACUUGAUCAGCGCCAUCCGCACGUUGUUGCGAGUCCCGUUGAUAGCCGUGAACGUGGUGGUGAUCAUGUACGAGUUGAUUUUGGGCUAG